AUGUUUUCUUCAAGACCUCAUCCUGCCUCAAUACGUAGUAUGUAUACCGUAUUUUCGCAUAAUAAUGCCAAUGAGCAUUAUUUUGAAAAUCCUAUCACCGAAUAUUGGAAAAAUAAAUCUUUCUCACAACACGUUGAAUCGGCCAAUACUUCUUCUCACAAAAAUAAUGAACCUAUAAUACUUGAUUCUAUUAACAAAAAUCGGCCUACAGUUGAUAGUUCAUCCCUUGAUAGUAGUGCUAGUAAUGAUAAUUUUAUAUUAUCAUCACUAAACACACAAUUGAGAACGGGAUUGGUCGAUCUACGCCUUAAUACAACAAGGCAAUAUCUUAAUCUGGUUCAGAAAGGGCAUACAAAGAUGGGGGCGAAUAGCCUUCUGGCUAAGAGUUUAGAAUUUAUAAGCCAUGUCAGUAGUAUUAUGCCUACUUUUGAAAUCAUAUAUAAAACAACCAUUAGUAGAUUAACUGAUGUGGUGGAAUUCAGAAAUCGUUUUCUCCAAAAGAUAGCUGAAUUACGAAAACAAAUGGCCUCAUAUGAAGAUGUAGGAUUAAACUGUAUCCCGCCAGAACUUUAUCUCAAAAUAGUUCCUGUUACCCAAGACGAAACCACUCUUUAUUCAAAUAAUGGUCAAAGUAUUCACAUUAGCGAUUUUUUCUGUAAAUCUAUUGGGCGUCUUAAACCUUCAGAAUACGAAUAUUAUAUAAAUAAUUUACUUCCUGAUCACAUGCGUCUUAAAUAUACCCAAGCAUGUGUUGCUAUUUAUCCGGGUGUAAAUCGUGAUGAAAUAAAUAUGGGUGAUGGUGGUAAAAAUAGAAAAGGCAAAGAUAAAAAACCUCUUCGUAAUGGUAGCAUGCCUGAUAGUUCCGAGCAUGAAAUGAACUAUAUAGAUAGUGAAGGUGUAAAAAGGCCUAAGAGAAUUAGGCAGGUUCUUCAAGAACAAGAUUUAUGGAUACAAGGCUUUUUAAAAAAGUGCAAUGAUUGUAAAAAAAAAUAG